CCAAUCAGAAUAAAGAUUUUCUCCAGACUUAAUUUGUGAUUGGCAGUGUGAGGGAGCGUGGCGGGCGACCCACGGACCCACAACACUACCCACACUACCCACAUGCGGCUCCCACACCCGCCACAACAAUGUCAGUGGCCUUCGGCAUAUAUAUUGGGUGUAGCUCGUGCUGUAUCGCCGUGAGUAAGGAUGGAAAGGUUGAAGUGGUGGCUAAUGCGGCUGGGGACAGGGUCACGCCUGCUGUUGUCGCUUUCCAUGAUAUGGAAGUGGUGACUGGAUUAUCUGCUAAGCAGGGAAUAAUUCGCCAUGGUGCAAACACUGUGUUAAAUGUGUUGCGUGUAGUGGGCACAGUGGAGGAUGAAGGAAUGUGUCCUUCGAGCAUGUCAUGCCGCCCAAACUGGGACAGUGGUCAGCCGCGUUAUUCAGUGCAGCGGGGAGAGAGGAUGGUUCAAAUAUCAGCGGAUGAAGUUCUUACUCAUAUAUUUUCACUGUUGAAAGAGAUUGCUAGUGCCCAUACCAGUGAGCCAGAACUGCCAGUGGUUAUUGCUGUGCCUGCAUGGAGCAGUGAGGGAACCAUUGCUGCAGUUAAGAAGGCUGCAAGCAAAGCUGCUUUCACUGUUCUGACUACAGUUACACAGCCUGCUGCUGCUGUCUUGACUUAUGAUCUCUUAAAUGAUAACAAACACAACACACAAGUGGUGGUUCUUCACUGUGGGGGCACUACAGUUGUGGGGUCGGUGGUUGAGGUUGCGGGUGGUAUGCUGACCCUGAAGGAGUCCAUUACUUCAUCAACCGUGGCAGGGGAUACAUUAACUGAUGUACUUGUUCAACAUUUUGCUACAGAAUUUUACAAGAAAUAUAAAGGUGAUCCCUUGGAAAAUAAACGCUCAAGAAUGAAACUUUACAAUGCUGCAGAAAACUGCAAGCAUGUUCUAUCUACCAUGGGAACAGCUCAGGUUUAUGUUGAGUCACUGUGGGAAGGAGUUGAUUUUUCAACAUCUUUGUCAAGAGCAAGAUUUGAUGGUUUAGUGAUGGCAACACUAUUAGCUUUUUUGCAGACAGCUAAGGAAGCUGUUCAGAGGUCUGGUCUCACUGUGAAUCACAUACAGAAAAUUAUACUGACUGGUGGAUCAGCCAAAAUCCCUCGCUUGCAGCAACUUGUGGGAGAAGCAUUCCCUCAAGCUGAGUUUCUGUGUACAGUUCCUCCUGAUGAAGUGCUGGCUGCAGGUGCAUCUACAGAAGCAUCGCUACUCUUGGGCCAGCCAAGUCAUUCUCCGACCACCUCCUCCAUGGUCCCAGCCCUAGCAGCAUCUGUAUUUUGUAUGAUUCUGGGUAGUGAAAACAGCGAGUGUGUAUUUAGCAGAGGAACUCCCACUCACUCCCGCCAGAGUUUAAACCUGGCUCUCCCAUCCCCCAUCCCCAGCAGCUGCUCAGUAGUUAUUUAUGAAGCAGAAGAGGCGGCAAACCAACCACAGGAAGAGGCCGUACUAGUCCAGGUUAAUGUCACAAGUCUGACUACUGACUCGAAGUUACUGAAAAUGGACUUCCAUUUAAAGAGUGAUGGUAGUCUUCAUGUUGCAUUACAAGAGCCAGAAGCCAAAAUUAAUCGUACGUUCAUCAUCGAGGCAGGAAGAAGUUGAGGAUAAUGAUUCUUAGUCAAGUAAAAGCAAUAUUCUUUUUUAGUUAUCAAUAAAUGUGUUAAUUAUUA